GGCCGCCGCGGGAUGCGCGCGGAGCCGCAGCCUCAGCUUUAGCCCAUGCGGAGCAUGUGAGCGAGACUGAGUCAGGAGCCACCUGGAAGCAUGGAGACUGUGGUGAUUGUGGCCAUAGGCGUGCUGGCCACCAUCUUUCUGGCGUCGUUUGCAGCCUUGGUGGUGGUUUGCAGGCAGCGCUACUGCCGGCCCCGAGACCUGCUGCAGCGCUAUGAUUCCAAGCCCAUCGUGGACCUCAUUGGUGCCAUGGAGACCCAGUCUGAGCCCUCUGAGUUAGAGCUGGAUGAUGUUGUCAUCACCAACCCCCACAUCGAGGCCAUUCUGGAGAAUGAAGACUGGAUUGAAGAUGCCUCGGGUCUCAUGUCGCACUGCAUUGCCAUCUUGAAGAUUUGUCACACUCUGACAGAAAAGCUUGUUGCCAUGACAAUGGGCUCAGGGGCCAAGAUGAAGAAUUCAGCCAGUGUCAGCGACAUCAUCGUGGUGGCCAAGCGGAUCAGCCCCAGGGUGGAUGAUGUCGUCAAAUCAAUGUACCCUCCGUUGGACCCCAAGCUCCUGGAUGCACGGACGACUGCCCUGCUCUUGUCUGUCAGUCAUCUGGUGCUGGUGACCAGGAAUGCCUGCCAUCUGACUGGGGGCCUGGAUUGGAUUGACCAGUCUCUGUCAGCUGCCGAGGAGCACCUGGAAGUCCUUCGAGAAGCAGCCCUGGCUUCUGAGCCAGAUAAAGGCCUCCCGGGCCCCGAAGGCUUCCUGCAGGAGCAGUCGGCAAUUUAGUGCCUGCAGGCUGGCAGCUAGCCGUGAAGGCCAGCCUGCUGCUGUCCUUGGUGGGCUCAGCGGAGCCUUCCACUUUUUCCUAUAGAGUUAGUUGGCUCAGGAGUCCAGCUGUGUGUGCACAGUAAAGCAGGAGAGCCCUGCUGGGUGAUGCCUGUGUUGCAAUUGCAAAUUGUGGCUGGCGAGUGGCAGUCUAACACCACAGUUAGGGACGUGCCAUUCACCAUCUGUGCAGCAGAGCACUGAAACCUGGUGGACUGUCAGCCUUAUUUAGCUCACUUAGUGUUUUCAAGAAAAUUGAGCCACCCUCUAAGAAAUCAAGAGAUUUUACAUUAAAAUAAGAAUUUCUGACUUCUCUUGAACAAUCAGAAGGUGCAGCAAUUCUGAUCUGCAUUUUCGAAAGAGGACAAUCAGUUGGAACUAACUAGGGAUUGCCUCUUCGGGCAAGACUUGUGCUCUCUCACCUGGCCUGUUUCAUUUAUUUGUAGUAUCUGCCAGGUCCGUGAGGCAUCAGGUUCCCUCUUCCCGCUUGUAGGUUUGGGUUUGAAGCUGAGCACUAUGACGUUGAUUAUUUUCUUUUUAUCGUUAUGCCUGCGAUUUCCUAGCUACUACUAGGUGGAUAGUAAAUUUGUACUUAUGUUUCCCUCAA